UCCACAUUUGGUGACAUUUUCCGACGCAGAACACCCAGCGUGCGAGUUGCUUUAAGAGCGCUGCAUCCUAAGUGCCUCGGCGAAGGUCACAUUGGUGCGCCGUGUUUUUAAACGACACGGUAUCACGACGCUAUCAAGCACGGCGGUCUUUGGUUUUAUUUUAUUAUGCGAGCUGGGUAAUAAUUGCCCCGCGUCCGUGUGAAAAGCUGCGGGUUACCAUGGAGUUAUAAAAUGGGACGCAGAAUGAAAACAUAUGACAUCAUCAGGACAGUGGCGGCGACGCGACAGGCUUCCUUAUUUAGACCAAGACUUGACGAUUUCACGCCCUCCCGUUCGCUUUUGAAACUAUUGAUCGGUAUCGAUUAUCGUCUGUCGGUCCGUGUCCGUAGGUAGUUCGUCUUUGAGCCGUCAACGAACGCGAUGGAAAUUGCAUUGGCGUGAAUGUAAGGAAGUUUUAACGUUGCGCAUCGCGUCUGGCGUUGUAGUUGCGCACGGCUACUAAAAUUCUGGGUUGUUGUUUUUUUUUUUGUGACCAUUUAUUUUAGGCAGUCACUUAUUAUUUAUAAGGCGUAGCAGAUGCUCUCUGACGCAUAAAGACGGGGCCAUUUCUUUAGUGCUGUCAGGCUGUGAAACCCACCCCUUCGUGAACCCCUAUUUUACAGCAAUAUUGCUAAAAAUUGAUUUGCGUGUGUAUUAUAAUAAGGAAUCGGUGAUAUUACAUGGCUAAAAGUAGACAGGAUACUAAUAACUACAGAUUAUGAUGCAAGACAUUAACUACCUAACGAAUACUAAAUAGUUUAUUGUCACUACUAAUUAAAAAAAAACAUCUAAAACGUUUCUGUCCACUUCACCCCGUUCAUUUGUUUUUCUUUACGCGUGCAGCUCUUGUAGGGAACAUAAUGCAAAACGCGAAUCCGAUGAAGUCACUAUCUCAACCUAUCUAAUCUUUUAAGUUACAUUGUAUUUAUUUACACAUCCGGGAUUAUUUUCGCUCGGCUGGUAGCCCCGCCCUCUGCAGCCCAUCUAUUGGACGCUGUACACGCCAGUAACGCCACGCCCCGCCCACUCACAAAGCAGCAAGUCUCUUCACAAACACAAAGAGUGCAACAAAGACUAGAGAAAUGUACAGCAUAACCGACACACAAACCUGUCAGAUAGUCUCAGUUUGAGGUCUCAAACGGAAUCUGCGCCGAGACAAGACAACCGAAACCAAAAAAAAUAAAAAGAAUAUCACAAAAUAUACUCUGGAGAAAAACAAUAUCCAGCUUCCCCAUAGAAAACCCAUGCCAAACUUCGCACUGAGAUCCAGUUCAGGUGGUUGUAUUUUCUCCUGUGGUGUCUGUGUGGAGCGUGCCACACAUCCACUCCACAACAACGACGGCUUUUGCUUGCAUCUUCCAGUGUUUCUUCUGUCAGCAAGUUCAGCAGAGCUGCAACUCGUCUAGCGCCAGCCCGGAGGAACCCAGUGAGGAGCACCACGACUGUGAGAUGGUGAAAAUGACAAAGUCCAAGACCUUUCAGGCUUACCUGCCCAAUUGUCACCGAACCUACAGCUGCAUCCACUGCCGGGCACAUCUCGCCAAUCACGAUGAGCUCAUCUCAAAGUCAUUCCAAGGCAGCCAGGGACGAGCCUACCUCUUCAACUCAGUUGUGAAUGUCGGUUGUGGUCCAGCAGAGGAGAGGGUUCUCCUGACAGGUUUACACGCUGUGGCGGACAUCUACUGUGAAAACUGUAAAACCACUCUGGGCUGGAAAUACGAGCACGCGUUUGAGAGCAGUCAGAAAUACAAAGAAGGCAAGUUCAUCAUCGAGCUGGCUCACAUGAUCAAAGAUAAUGGCUGGGAGUGACCUUCACCAACCUGCUCUCAGCUCAGUGACCUUUGGGCUGCUCUGCCGUGGACUUUGCCGAGUGACACCACCACACGUACACAAACAAAAAAACGCACAGACACGCACGCGCGCACACACACACGCCACCGUCGGCCAUGACACAUCCUGACAUCUCUACCGGGUCAUCACAAAACUCAAAAGGCAGAGCGACGGAAAGCGAAUCGCAGACGUCUACGGUCACUGAAAGACUCUCUAGGACCUUUUUCCGAGAUGUACAUGUCAACACUUUGGGAUCCGAACCUUCUCCCUUCCUGUUCGACUGCCCCGUUAACUGGUUUCAGUGUGCUCGGCCCUCCUCGUGUGCAAGCUGUUAACAGUAUCCAGAAGACACAGUCUCAUUUUUUCAUUUGACAUCCUCGUGAACGAGCAGGAGGUGUGCGUCUUGGUGUGCGUACUUUCUUUGUUUUUGACAGGAAUCUCGACUCCUUCCUGGUGGACUGAUGUUACCGGUUAGCUUUUUUUAUAUUUUCUUCUCUGAGUCAAACCCGUUCUGAUUGUCUUUCCUUUCACUCUGGGGUAGUGACAGUUGACAUGCGUUAUUAGAGUUGGGGUUGGUUUCAGGGUUAGGCUAUGUAGCAGUAUAUUUGAGAUGGGGGGGGGUGGGCGUUCAUCAUUGCAGUGGCAUGGCAUUUCCCCCCUGCGUUUUACCUGUUUUAUUUCAGAAUUGAAAUGUGUAUAUUUUUUUUUUUCUUCCUCGGAUGACUUCACUGUGCAAUUCGUGGGACACUCUGGUACAGCAGUAGCGUCUGACCCCUACAGGAGCUUUAGUUGUCUCUGGUGCUUUUGGUGAGAUUACACAAACACGCGUCUUUGAGUUGGCAUUUGUGGCAGGUUCCAUUUUUGCAACCGUAUUAUAGGCGAGAGAAAAACAAGACAAGCAACAGCCGUUUGGAUGCACUGGACAUUGGGGAAAUCUGAAACUGGUGUCCUCGGAACAUUGUUUGCGUUACAUUUUCAUCCCCCUUCACGCCAAAUGAUGACAAGAUUUUACAAAACUAUUGUUGUUGAUAUUACAAUCAUGUAUAUGUUCAUUGCUAUGUGUAAUUUAUGUGUUAAACCACAUGUCUGGACAUGCACACGCAUGUUAGCUCAGUGUGUUUUACACAUUAUGUUUUAUGGCAUACUUGAAUGCAGUUACUUUGUUUGCACUUUGCAGAGGCCUUGUUCAUGGGUUUAGAGGCAAAAGUCUGUCCAUUUUAUGGCCUUUUUUUCAUGAAAAAUAAUCGAAUGAUUGUAUUAGAUGCUUUGAAUGAUUUUCAGGGUUGGGUGGUUGCUGGCUUGAUCAUCUCCCUCUACUUUCAAACACUCGAAAUCUGCUGCUUUCGCUUUCUUCCGCAGGCUGGCAGACCUGUUCGCUACGCUCGCAAUUCGUCCAAUUGGAUUUUGCGCAUCAGAAGCAGGUCUCGAAUUUUACAGUCGGGAAACCAUUCAGUGUGGCGUUACGCGAUUCUUUUGCUGCUAAUAGAGAUAAAUGCAAUCCGGAGCUUUCACUUUAAACCUUCUGCACUUUACCCGGACUGUCUGAGAGCAUGCGAGCGGAUGUGUUCCUUUUGUAGCUUUUCUCCACAUCUUUGCCUCUAAGCAGCAUGAAUCUUGUGCCUCUUCAAAAGAUAAAAAAAAAAAGAAAAAAAGAAAAGAAAUCUCCCUCUCCUCUGUGUUGUGCGGCGCAUGACUCCGAGAACCCAGCACAUCUAUUAGAAGCUCUGCUGGAGCUUCAUAUCGAACUCGAAAACGACACGAACUUGGAAGCGAACCUCACAGAACCUCUAUUCACUUGAAAGUCAGAUAUAAUCCAGUAUUUUUUUCAUAGUUCCAUGUCGAAGCUAGUGAUGUUAUGAAACGGUAUAUAAAAGGGGCGGGGCUGUUAGAUCGGGAGGGGGUGGAGCUUGCUUCCUGUAGAGGUAAAGAGGGGCAUUUAAUGUAGAUUUUUAUCGAAUAUAAUUAAAUAUAUAUAAAUAUAUCGAAUCGUACAGAUGAAUAUCGAGGUUUCGUUGUGCUUAAGGGUGGGUGGGAUGGUGGGCAAUAGUAGAAUGAGCGGUGAACCCUCAGUUAGCGUUCGCUGCCGAUAAGGUCAGUCCGGUCACGUGACCUUCGAAUCAGUCAAAGACAAUGCAAACAAAAUAGUUGUAGAAAUAUCUUACUUGAAAGAUGAUACAGAGUUACAGACAAUACAUUGUCCCUCUCACACAGUUUUGUACAUAAAGUAACAUAUUUAAGGUUUUAUACAUAUUUCUACUGGGUUAGUUUCUCUACUUCCCCGACUUGAAGCACUUUUGUUCACUGUAUCUCUGGCUUUAUAUUUGUGUGUGAAUGGCGAGAGUGUGUGUGUGUGUGUGUGUGUGUGUGUUUGGAUGCAUGUAUGCGUGUUCCCUUCCCUCACUUUAUUUGUAGACGUUUUUGCUGUCGUUCACUAGUUCCUCUGUGCUGUUUCCUUUUAUGACACUUCUUUUGCUGUCUCACCGCGUGUUUUGAUGUGUGCUCUCUUAGCUUGACUAUAAUGAGCUUUGUAUUUUUAUUUUUUUUGUUUAAUAUUAAAGUUGAUUUUUCAAUAGUUUCCAGUCGAGAGCCUAAUAGCAGAAUGUCUGCUGGUCGUGUUUUAGCAUCAUGGUCAGCGGUGAGCUGGAUUCACCUGCCCAAAUUUCACAAUAGAAACACCGACCCAGACCGUUUUACAAAAAAAAAAAAAAACAGCUUUCCCUAAGAUUUUCAGAAACAGAACUAGAUCCAGGCCAGUGUCACUGUCAGUGUGCACCAAAAAAUAAGACAUCGCUCAACCGAAACCUUUUUACUGAGAACCACUUGGUCAAACCAAAAAAAUCCAGUUUGUGGCCUCUCUGAAUACCAAGUGGGAAAUUUCCUUUUUUUUAUUGUGAUUUUGUCUUUUUACAGCAACAUAUUAAGGUGUUUCUGAUAUUGGCAGUAGAAAAGAUUGUUUACUGCUGUUUCUUUUUAGUGACACUGGUUUUAAACCUUUCUAGAGCUGUUACUCUGAGAUUUGCCAUUCAGACGACAUCUAGUUUAAGGCAACAGUGGUAUGCAAAGGAAACGAUUGUAUAAGUUUGCCGAGUUAUUUUCUUAGGACUGUUAAAAUAUAAGGUCUACAGCAUGUUGUAUUUAUAAUGGCUAUAUUAAGUCGUGCCUGGUUUUCUUUCGUUCGUUUUUCUUCUUCAAUGCAAAAAAGCUUUUUUCUUCUUUUUACUUGAUUACAUUGCUUUGCAUUCUGUCCUAGUAAAGAAAAGUCACAUUUGUCUGUUUUCACUGUAUUGUAAACUAUUCAGAUAUCACAAUAAAGCUUAAAUGGUAUUGCA